AUGUCGAAGGAAACGAAAGAAUCGCUGCCCAGCGAGCUCAGCGACCAGGCGGGAUCUGUCGAGGCCGUCGAGGUCAACGAGAAGGCCCUGCUCCGGAAGCUCGAUGCCAAGCUCCUCCCCGCCGUGGGAAUCUUGUAUCUGCUAUCGUUUCUGGACCGCAGCAAUGUCGGCAACGCACGCAUCGAGGGCAUGGUGGACGACCUGCACAUCACUGGCAACCAAUACCUCACGGGCCUGACAGUCUACUUUAUUGGCUAUGUGCUCUUUGAGAUUCCCUGCAACAUCAUCCUCAAGCGCACCAGCCCUCGACUAUGGCUGCCCACUCUGACCAUUGCUUGGGGAGUCGUCGCCACGCUGCUCGGCAUCGUGCAGAACCUUGCCGGGUUCCUCGUCGGGCGAUUCUUCCUCGGCGUCACCGAGAGCGGCCUGUUCCCUGGAGUGGUGUUUUACUUCUCCAUGUGGUACAAGCGACGUGAACGCCAGUACCGCAUUUCGCUCUUCUUCAGCGCAGCGUCGCUGGCCGGCGCUUUUGGUGGCAUCCUCGCCUAUGGCAUUGGCAAGAUGGCUGGCGUAGUCUGGGAGAAUGGAUGGCGCUGGAUCUUCAUUCUCGAAGGCAUAGCCACCGUGCUCGUGGCCGUUGCGGCCUACUGGUUCAUCGAAAACUAUCCCUCCACGGCCAAGUUCCUCACGACGCAGGAGCGGAGCUUCAUCCACAGUCGUCUUGCCGCCGACAGCGACGCCCUACACGACGAGACCUUCACCUGGAGUGCAGUCCUCGACGCUGCGCGAGACCCCUCGUGCUGGUUGUAUGGCCUCGGCUUCCACACCAUGAGUCUGCCACUCUACACGCUGUCUCUUUUCCUCCCCACCAUCAUCAAGAACCUCGGAUACACCGCUGCCGUGGCGCAGCUGCUCACCAUUCCUCCUUACGCACUCGCCUUCGUUACGACGUUGACAGUCGCCAUCUACUCGGAGAAGCUGCAUCGCCGCGCCGUCUUUAUCGCGGGCUCCGCCGCCGUCGCUGCCAUAGGCUACAUCAUCCUGCUUGCGAACACAAACCCGACAGCGCGACCAGGCGUAUCAUACCUGGGCACCUUCUUCGCCGCUGCGGGCAUUUAUCCCGCGACGGCGCUGGUACUUUCGUGGCCGGCAAUUAACGUCUCGGGUCAGACGAAGCGCGCGACGGCGAACGCGAUGCAGAUCAGCAUCGGCAACCUGGGUGCUGUCAUGGGCACGCAGCUGUACCGAGCCAACGACGGACCGCGGUUCGUGGUAGGACACUCGAUGGCGCUGGCAUACCUUAUCGGGAACAUUGUAUUGGUGUUUUUUCUGGCUCGUAGGCUGAAGCGGCAGAAUGAGCAGCGGGCAGCGAUCGCGGAGGAGGUGAAGCAUGUCGGCGAGGCGCCUGACUGGAAGGGCGAUGUUGACCCCAGAUGGCGGUUUGAGUAUUGA